GGUGGAUUGGAAGCUUGAAACUGAACCGGUAAGAAAGGAAUCUGAUUUCUGCGAGCUUUUUUCAGCUGCUUUGCUUCUUGCUGGGCUGGCUACUACUACUAGUCUGCUAGACUACUACUGAGCACUGAACUGUUCUGUCGUCUGAAAGGGCGGGGAAGAAUCAGGUGAGGUCGAGCUCAGUGGUGCGAAUGGAGGAAUUGGUUGACGUUUCGGUUUGAUUCAAUAAAGCCGGCCAGCCCCAGCGAGGCCCAAAUAGGUUGACUGGCCCAUUGAUGUCUAGAAAAUGAAAGCGCAUACAAAAUUAUUUAAAAAUACUAUCGUGGAGUGUUUACUUGGCAUACCAUUGCCGCGAAACUUCUAUCUUUGCCAUCAUCGUAUGCCUGCCACUCCGCCAUUGUUAAUCAAUUCCCUGACCCAAAAAAAAGGCUCAAAUUCCAGUAUCGGCCAAAAAAGCUUCUUCACUUUCCUCCGCUCUCCUUUUCCCUUCCUUUUCUUCCCCUUCCACGGAAGACCAACACCAAGAAACAAGAAAGUCUCGAUUCCGGAAUCCGAUUCAGAUCCGCCUUUGCUGAAUCUCCCGGUUUGUUACUGAUCUACUCAACACAAAUAAUCCACUGUGGCAGACUGAAACUUCCACGCAUCAAGUUUCUUAGACGAUGCUACACCAUCUCCCUCCUCUCCGACCUGCUUCGUAAACAGAGGUCAGGAUAAAUAUACGAAACCUAGGUCUCCUAUUAUAAUCUCGAGGAAUGCCGGUUGGGUUUUAUCAAUCCAUCGGUCAUCAUCUGGUAGGUUUCCGAUCAGUGGAUUGUCGGCGAAGUUACCGUAGCCAAUUUCGGCAUUCUGCCAAAAUUGGAGCUGUGGCCGCUAGUUCUGUAUGUAAGCAGUAAUAACGUUUCUGGCAGGAGAGACAAAAGGGGAAAGAGAAAUAUUAGGCGCAAAAAAGGAACUUUAACCGGUAAGAAAGCGGUGCGGGGUAGAGAAGAGAAGCCGAGUUACGUGAGCGAGUCAAGCAGCCAGCAGCCUCUUGAAGAGAGUCAUUCUUUGUUGGCUAAAGUAUUGUGAAUUUUUCAUGGGAGCAAAGAACUCGAGGGAAGGGAGCUGGAGGUCGGAUUCCUCGUCUGCGGCGGCAUCUUCAUGGGAUUAUGUUCAACAACCUUAUUAUGGGCAGCCGUAUGGUCAAGAUGGCUAUGGAUAUGGCUAUCCGCCACCCCAGCAACCUCCCACACAGCCAAACUAUCCACCGCCAGCUCAAGUUGGAGGUGGUGAUAGAAGGCGGCUUGAUAGAAAGUAUUCGAUAAUUGCCGAUGACUAUAAAUCCUUGGACCAGGUGACUGAAGCUCUUGCACGUGCUGGACUUGAAUCAUCAAAUCUCAUUGUUGGAAUUGACUUUACGAAAAGCAACGAGUGGACGGGUGCAAAGUCUUACAACAGAAAAAGUUUGCAUCACAUUGGAGAUACCUUGAAUCCCUACGAGCAAGCAAUUUCUAUUAUUGGGAAGACUUUAGCUGCCUUUGAUGAGGACAACUUGAUUCCCUGCUACGGAUUUGGAGACGCUACGACACACGAUCAGGAUGUCUUCAGUUUCUAUCAGGAUGAGAGGUUCUGUAAUGGAUUUGAAGAAGUUUUAAGCCGAUACAGAGAAAUUGUUCCAAGCCUGAGACUUGCAGGUCCGACUUCAUUUGCACCUGUCAUUGAGAAGGCAAUGACUAUUGUUGAGGAGAGUGGUGGCCAGUAUCAUGUAUUGUUGAUAAUAGCAGAUGGGCAGGUUACUAGAAGUGUUGACACUGAGCAUGGGCGGCUAAGUCCACAGGAGCAGAAGACAGUUGAUGCCAUUGUACAAGCCAGCAAGCUUCCCUUGUCUAUUGUUUUGGUAGGGGUUGGGGAUGGCCCAUGGGACACGAUGAAGGAGUUUGAUGAUAACAUCCCUGCUAGAGAGUUUGAUAAUUUCCAGUUUGUAAAUUUCACGGAGAUUAUGUUGAAGAACGUGGACCAAUCCCGCAAGGAGACACAGUUUGCACUUUCUGCUCUCAUGGAAAUUCCUCCUCAAUACAAGGCAACGAUGGAGCUUGGUUUAUUGGGGUAACGGCUCAGCUACUUCUUUGCUUCUCUGUUUGUCAGGAUUAAUUCUUAUCUUCCUAUAUAUGAGCUUCUUCUUUCCUUUUGUCCGCUCGGGCAUACAUGAGUGUAUUUUGAGUUAAAGAUCACGACUUCAUGGGCUGAGUUGGGAAAGCCUCUACCGGGAUCCCCUCAAUGAGACACCUGUAAAGAUAUAAUUGAUGCCCCUCCAUGCCUUCCUCCAGACAUCUUUCUUUCAUCUAUUAUUUUCUGUACUAAAUUCUUUUUCUUUCAAAUCUGCAGUCGUAGAAAGGGAAAUAUUCCUCAGAGGGUUGCACUCCCACCUCCUGUCUAUGGGUCCUCAUCCUUUAGUAACUCCAAAUCUUUCCAGUCUACUACCAGCUCCAAAUCUUUCCAGCCUACUACCAGCUUUAAUCCUACUGUACCGGUUUAUGAACCAGACACCCAUCCGAUCAGCUCAGCACCGCCAGUCACAAGUUCAACCUACGAAAACCAGCUUUGCCCUAUCUGCCUCAGCAACGCGAAGGACCUGGCAUUCGGCUGUGGGCACCAAACAUGUCGCGAGUGUGGCGAAAACGCAAACCUUCAACUGUGCCCUAUCUGCCGGACUCCAAUCAGCACAAGGAUAAAGCUCUAUUAAACCGUGGGACGAAGGAUGAAGGGUUUGCCUGCCUUUUGUAACUAAUGUGUGGCUUUCUCCAGUACUACUACAAUUCGUUUAUUCAAUGUUAUUAUUUUGGAUCUGCUGGUUUCAGUUGUAGGCUUGAAAUUUGUACAUACAGAAAUGGAAAACCAUUUUUCUCCAGUUUCAAGAUCUCUAACGCCCAAUUUGGUUCCCCUUCUUAUGAGUACUAUUUUCUGAAUGAAUAUAAACAGAUAGAAGCUUAAAAACCAGCGAGAGAGCAGG